AUGCUCUCUUCGCAACCAUCUUUUCAUUCUUUCUUUUUGACCUCUUUUCAUUCGUUUCAUUCUUCCUUUUUUCUUUCUUUUCUUUUCUUUUCUUUCUUUCUUUCUUUUUUCUUUCUUUCUUUCUUUUUUUCUUUCUUUCUUUUUUUUCUUUUUUUUCAUUCCUUCAUUUUCUUCCAUUUUUCUUUUCUUUCUUUCUUUCCUUUUUUUUUUUCUUUUUUUUUUUUCUUUCUUAUCAUUUCUUUCUUUUCUUUUCAUUUUGAAGCCUUUUCUUUUUAUUUUCUUUCUUUCUUUUCUUUCUUUUUAUUCUUUCUUUUUUUCUUUUUCUUUUCUUUCUUUUUCUUUCUUUCUUUCUUUCUUUCAUUUUCUUUUAUUUCUUUUUUCUUUUUUCUUUCUUUUUCUUUCUUUCUUUCUUAUCAUGUCCAUGCUCUCUUCGCAACCAUCUUUUCAUUCUUUCUUUUUGACCUCUUUUCAUUCAUUCAUUCUUCCUUUUUUUCUUUCUUUCUUUCUUUUCUUUCUUUAUUUAUUUCUUUUCUUUCUUUCUUUUUUUUUUCUUUCUUUUCUUCCAUGUCCAUCCUCUUUCAACCAUCUUUUCAUUCUUUCUUUUUUGACCUCUUUCAUUCAUUCAUUCUUCUUUUUUCUUUCUUUCUUUCUUUUUUUUCUUUCUUUAUUUCUUUCUUUUUUCUUUUUUUUUCUUUCUUAUCAUGUCCAUCUUUCUUCGCAACCAUCUUUUCUUUUUUUUUCUUUUCAUUAUUGAUUUCUUUUCUUUCUUUCUUUCUUUUUUUUCAUUUUUUUUUUCUUUCUUUCUUUUUUUUCUUUUUUCUUUCUUUCUUUCAUAUUUUUCUUUCUUUUUUUUUUUUCAUUUUUCUUUCUUUUUCUUUCUUUCCAUUUUCUUUCUUGCAACCAUCUUUUCUUUCUUUUUUUUUCCUAUUUUCAUUAUUCAUUUCUUUCCAUUUUCUUUUCGCUUUCUUUUCUUUCUUUUCUUUCUUUCUUUUUUUUCUUUUUUUCUUUUCUUUUUCUUUCUUUUCAUUUCUUUUUUUUCUUUCUUUCUUUUCAUUCUUUCUUGCACCAUCUUUUUUCAUUCUUUUUCUUUUCAUUUUCAUUUUUUUUCUUUCUUUUUUCUUUUCUUUCUUUCUUUAUUUCUUUUCUUUCUUUAUUUUUUUUUCUUUCUUUUCAUGUUCUCUCUUCGCAACCAUCUUUUUUUCAUUUUUUUUUGACCUCUUUUCAUUCAUUCAUUCUUCCUUUUCUUCUUUCUUUUUUUUUUCUUUCUUUAUUUCUUUUCUUUCUUUCUUUUUUUUCUUUCUUAUCAUGUCCAUCCUCUCUUUCAACCAUUCUUUCUUUUUGACUUUCUUUUCAUUCAUUCUUCUUUUCUUUUUUCUUUCUUUUUUUUUUCUUUCUUUUCUUUUCUUUCUUUUUUUUCUUUUUUCUUAUUUCCAUUCUUUCAACCAUCUUUUUCAUUCUUUCUUUUUUUUCUUUUCAUUCUUCUUUUUUUCUUUUUUCUUUUUUCUUUUUUAUUUUCUUUUCUUUUUUUUUUCUUUUUUUUUUUUUUUUUUUCUUUCUUUUUUCUUUUCAUGUCCAUCCUUUCUCUUUUCUUUUCUUUCUUUCUUUUCUUUCUUUUUUUCUUUCUUUUUUUUGAUUCUUUUUUUUCAUUCUUUUUCUUUUUCCUUUUUUUCUUUUUCUUUCUUUUUUUUUUUUUCUUUAUUUAUUUCUUUUCUUUCUUUCUUUUUUUUUCUUUUUUCUUAUCAUGUCCAUCCUCUCUUCGCAACCAUCUUUUCAUUCUUUCUUUUUGACCUCUUUUCAUUCAUUCAUUCUUCCUUUUUUCUUUCUUUCUUUCUUUUCUUUCUUUCUUUCUUUCUUUUUUUCUUUUCUUUUUUUUCUUUCUUUCUUAUCAUGUCCAUCCUCUCUCUUUUCAUUCUUUCUUUUGACCUCUUUCAUUCAUUCAUUCUUUCUUUUUUUUUUUCCUUUCUUUUUUUUUCUUUUUUUCUUUUCAUUCUUCCUUUUUUUUUUUUUUCUUUCUUUCAUUUCUUUUUUUCUUUUUUCUUUUAUUUUUUUUUUCUUUAUUUUCUUUCUUUUUUUUAUUUUUCUUUCUUUCUUUUUCAUGUCUUUUCUUGCUCUUUUUUCUUUCUUUUUCUUUUCAUUCAUUAUCUUUUCUUUUUCAUUUUCAUUUCUUUUCUUUUGACCUCUUUUCAUUCAUUCAUUCUUCUUUUUUUUUCUUUCUUUUUUCUUUUCUUUCUUUAUUUUCUUUAUUUCUUUUCUUUCUUUUCUUUUUUCUUUCUUUCUUUUCUUCUCUCUGUCCAACCAUCUUUUCAUUCUUUCUUUUUGACCUCUUUUCAUUCAUUCAUUCUUCCUUUUUUUCUUUCUUUUUUAUUUUCUUUCUUUUUCUUUCUUUUUUUUUUCUUUUUCUUUCUUUUUUUUUCUUUCUUUCUUUUCAUUUUCUUUUACCUUUCAUUUUCAUUUUUUUUUCUUUUCUUUUUUUUUUUUUCUUUUCUUUUCUUUUCUUUCUUUCUUUUUUUCUUUUUUUCUUCUCUUCGCAACCAUCUUUUCAUUCUUUCUUUUUGA